AUGAUGCAGACGCUCCAGUUCCAAACGAACUGUGCCAUCGAGGGUACCUGCACUGAAGCGGAACACACUUUGCAGCACACCCUGCGCGAUGCCGGCACAGCUGCGUCGGCCACUGCGGGCUUGCGCUCAACGAUUUGGACGCAGCCCGUCGUGAAGGGCACCAGCCUGCGCGAUGCCUACUAUGCCCGGUGGGGCCCAGGUCGCGAUACUCGAUGGCAUAUCUCCCGACACCAUCGGGAAAACAUCGGGGUCCGCAGUUGCGGAAGCCUACAAGAUCGUUGCCACAUGCAACUCGGACUCCAAUGGCGAAGGAUUCCCAGAUGCUCGCACAGCACUACUUGA